AUGGACCAUCCGAAGUCCGGUGCGAUGCAACGCCGCGAAGCGCACACCGCGUCCGGCGGUGGUCGCGAUAAACCGGACAAACCAAAAAAGGACAAGAAGGACAAAGGCAAGCACAGCGGUUCGAAGCGCAACAAAAAGAACAAGAAGGACACCACGCAACCGAAGUCCCGCGUGGUCAUCCGGCGGUUGCCACCCUCGAUGACGGAGGAGUUGUUUUGCGAGCAGAUAUCGGUCGACGGCCAGCUGCCCAACUACGACGAUUUUUACUUUGUCGGUCCCGAUUGGACGCUGGGUCACCAUGCAUCGUGCCGGGCGUACCUGAAUUUUACGAAUCCGGAGGAUAUCUUUCGUUUUGCCGACAGCUUCGAUGGGUACACGUUUGUCGAUGCCAAGGGGCUCGAGUAUCAGGCCGUGGUGGAAUACGCACCCUUCCAGAAGCUCCCAAAAAACCGCUCCCGCAAGAAGGACCUCAAAUGCAAUUCUAUCGAAACCGAUACGCACUUCACCGCGUUCAAGGAGGCGCUAGAGGCCGAGGAGCGAGAAGCGUUACACGGACGGGGAACGCAGGAGUUCAGCUUUAAACUUGAGCAAGAGGAGAAAACUACGACGACGCCUCUGCUCGAGUAUAUCGCACAAAGGAAACAAGAGAAACGUGACGAAAAGCGCCGCAAGCAAGAGGAAAAGCGAAGAAUACGCGAAGAGGAGCGGCAUAUGCGAAAGACCCAAAUAGCUAAGGCAAUUCCGGCGGCCAUCCAGGAGGACAUAGAGUUUAACGAGUUCAUGGAGCGAACUGUUAAGCCGCACUUAAAUUUGAUUCAGAACUCAAUGAAAGGCACGGGAUUUGCUGAUGGAGCAGACCGUAAGGGGAGCAACGAAGGGAAAUUCCGCGAUGAAAAAGAUAAGAACAAGAAGAACAAGAAGGACAAGGAUCGAAAUCGUGAAAAGAAGGUAGAUGAAUCGAAGGUGCAAGAGGACGGCAAAGCAGAAGGCGAUAAGCAAGCGAAUAAGAAGCAGGAUCGAGAAAAACCUGGCAAAAAAUCGAAGGAAAAACCAAACAGAGAUGAAAACCGACCACAACAGCGACCACAAGAGCAGUGGGAACAGAAGGGAGAACGUAACGAAAAACCUAAGAAGGAAAAACCACCAGCUGCCGGCAACAGUGACCAGGCGACAACGUCUAAAGCUGACUACGGUACCUCUACGGCCCCUACGAGCAAAAAGGAGGUGAAAAAAUACAGUGAAAGACGCAAAGAAACCCGAGCUCGCGCAGAAACUCGAUUGGCUGAGCAUGACACUAAACCCCAACCGGAGAGCACCACGGUUGCCGGUGCGGUGAACUCCGCCAAACCUGAGGUGAAGAAAAUAAUACUCACCGCCAACGUACCACCGUUUAUACCGAAGGAGAAAUCGACCAUUCUUCUAGCGGGGCAUUCGUCGACAGUGACCAACAACCCAGCCGUCCCGUCAGGAUCUGGCGGUUCCGUUGACCGCGACCUGACGUCAUCUAAGGUUACGAAGAAAGCCAGCGAAUCGCCAUCCCCCGAGGGGUCCACCGAGGCCGGCGCUAGCCGGACUCCGAAGGCAGCGAACGAAAAGACAGCUGGCAAGCAGAAAGAGACUCGAGAAGCGCGCAAAAUUCGCAACAAGGACCGACCGUCACUAGAGAUCUACCAACCCCGCAAGCGGAUAGUCUCCGGAGGCACAGGAAAAAGCGAAGACGACCGUGGCCGCAGCGAUUCCGAUCGUCCAUCGGAUAACGUGUCAGCCGCAACGACGGCUGUUGCUGCGGAAUCGGAAGACGGUGCUGCAAAAGAGCGACGUCAUAAGCUCACGAAGAAAGCAUCUGAUCGGCAGCAGCGGGAGCGCAAAAAUGGACGGAAAAACUCUAGCGACGCCGAUGGUACGAAGGAAACCGACGCUGGUUGGUGGAUGUAAAAAAAGGGCUUCUUUUCUCGCAGCUCCAGCCCGUCCUGGCGUGAGGGAUAUCAGCUGGUAUCGUUUUCAUUCGACUUACUUUGCGCGGUUCUACCAUGGACGUAAUAAACA